AGCAAAAACAAUUUCGCAUUCCAAAUAAUCUAUUUAUUAAAUUAUCUUAAAAAAUGACUAAUUAUUAUUGGAUUGUAGCUCAACAUUCCGGGAAAGUUAUUGAGGUUGAAGGUGGCUCUAUGAAUAGUUGUGCUAAAAUCAUCCAAUAUAGAAAGAAAUCCGCGGAUGAUCCUUCCGUUGAUACUCAACUCUGGUUUUUUAAUGGAGGAUUAAUUACUAACAAAAAAUCUGGUCUCGUGUUCGAUGUCUAUCAAGAAAAAAUCCAAAAUGGUACACAAAUUAUUCAACAUGGAAAUAAUUAUGAACCUACUGCUCAUCAGGAAUGGGACUACAAUCACGAGGAUAAUACUAUCACUUUAAGAUCUAAUCGAAAUUUUGUCCUUGAUGUCAAGCAAAAAAGGAUGAUAUGGUUCCCAUCAUCUUACAGAAUAGGACAUCAGAAAUUUACAUUGCAAAAAUGGAAUGAUACUUCAGGUGUUGAAAAUGUUGGUAGAUUAGUAACGAACAUUAUGGCUGAUAAUAAAUUUUUACCAAAAUUAUUACAAAAUUUACUUGAAAUUUUGAAUGAUGACGAAUAUUAUGAUGUUACUAUUGAAGUUGGUAAUGACCCUUAUGCAAAGAUCUUCCGCGCUCAUAUGGUUAUAUUAAAUUAUCGCUCUCCUUGCUUGCGAGGAAUUCUAUCAUCUAAUAAAAAGAAAAAUGAUGGUACUUUGACGCAUAUUAGUUUGUCCGAUAUUUUGCCCAACAUUUUGCCUGAAACUUUUGAAAUAAUUUUAAGGUAA